AUGGCUUCUCACGUAGUGGUGAUCGACUCUACGGCUCGAAGAGCCACAAUCAAGACUACCCCGGGUAAGAACCUGAGUGAGGUUCUAGAAGAGGCGUGCACGAAAUUGGGAGUCAACGCCGCUCAAUAUGGUUUGAAGCAUAAUAACAAACCCGUCGACCUCUCCAGAACGAUUCGCCUCUCGGGUCUUUCCUCAGGCGCAAAACUAGAACUGGUCCAACUCUCUAAAUCGGCCGGCGUCGUCUCAAUAGCCCUACAAUUGCCGGAAUCAGAAGCACGAGGUGUACCCAACGCCAGGCUUACAGACAAGUUUCCCAGUUCGACCACAUUAUGGCUUGUGCUCAGGAAGUUCGAAGCCGGCGUUGCGGGCGGGGGUACUCCCAGUACUCGGAAUUUUACUGCCAGAGGGGUACCAUCAGCGAGCCAGGGCAGUUCGGGUGGUGGCAGACUGUAUUAUGAACAGCCGGUGAUACAGGUCAUGAACAGAGAAUUGGCGUCGUUUACGGACCUGCAAAAAUCUCUGGCACAGCUGGGUCUCAACAGCGGUACAGCUCUCUUGAGGCUGAGUUUUCGGACAACUGAAACUCCGCUAGAAGAGGCCAUGGCGCAGAUACAAAGCUAUUUCGACUCGGUCGAGGGAACAGCUGCUCAACCGCCGCGCCAACAAGAGACUUCGGCUUCAAGUGAGCCACAAACUGGAUCGGCCGAGACUCAGCCAGAGUGGAAUGAGGAGAGACCCUCGCAGCUCCCCCCUCAAGCCCAAGAAGAAACAUCAACAUCAUUACCUUCACAACCUGAAACUUCGAGUUCGUCAACGAGUCGUCCGGUCUCCGUAUUCCGGCCGCCGAGCUCAUCCACUCCUUCGGCCGCCCUCAUGUCUCACAACGAAGCAGACUAUACCCCCACAGUUGAACACGCCCAGGUCCACCAAAAACUGCUACAGCAGAACUCAAGAAAUGUGCGGCUACCGACUGAAGCCGAGCUUGCUGCCCAAGCUCAAGAGGAAGCAGCCAAGUGGGCUGCGGUAAAGGAAGUCGAGAUAAAGGUUCGAUUCCCCGACCAGAGUGCGGUUAGCGCCAGAUUUGAGCAGGGCGACACCGCAGCGGAUCUGUACAACUUUGUACGAGAGUGUCUGGAGGAGCAAUACCGAACAGAGCCUUUCAUGCUUCGAAAUCCUGGUAUCAGAGGAAAGAACGAAAUCAUUCCAGACGACAGCGCGAAGAAACUAAUCACAGAUCUUCAGCUCAAAGGGCGAGUGCUAGUCACAUUUCAAUGGGAUGACCAUAAGGCCAGUCUUCAAGCGAGGAGCGUAAAGUCUGUACUGAAGGUGGAGUUGAGGGAGCAGGCCCAAGAAGUGAAAGUGCAGGAUCUCCCAACUGUGGAUGUCGAGGCUGACGAAGAGCCUGGUAUCAAGGUCAAUCUGGGGACUAAGGACACAAGCGAGGAACCCGGGGAUGGCAAGAAAAGGCUGCCAAAGUGGCUGAAGGGUUUGGGCAAGAAAUAG